UUAAAUAUGACAAGAGGACGUUUGCUUGGUUAAAUCCAAAAUCAAUUCUUUUUUCAAUUUAUAUUUAAUUUAAACUUAUAAUUUUUAAAAUGGAAUUAUUUGACUACAGCGUAGAAAUUAUAUUGCAUCAUAAAUUUAUUCACCCUCGCGAAGUCAUAUGUGGCGAUGUGAAAAUUAAAGUGCAAACGGCAUUGUUCCUAACUCACGCGUACAUCGAGAUUAUAGGUACAGCAGAAUGUGAUUGGCAAAAUCCGGGCAAAAAUUUGCUAAUGAAGUCGUCUCCGAAGACAUUUACGGGCACACAGAGUUUCUUUUAUUGCCGGCACACGCUGGCUGGAAAUGAUGGCACCGAAGUGAUAAUGGAAAAACGAAGCUAUUACUUUCCUUUUAAAUGCAAACUACCGGGACAUUUGCCCGCAUCUUGGACUGGUGAACAUGGCAGAAUUAAGUAUGUUGCUAAUGUGAUCAUCAAAGGAGAAGAGGAAAUAAUUGGAGUUCACUCAAAAGAACUAGAAAUUGUUCCCUACCGGAAUUUAUCAUUCGAAACGAAUUUGAUGCUGGAAGCAAAGCAACAAGUGACGCGAAAGUUUCGAUUUGGUUUGCUUAACUUGGGCACUGUUACCGUUUCAUUGUGGAUGCCUAUUUGCGGAAUAUCUGCUGGUCAAUGUCUCCCUGUUAUUUGCACCAUUGACAAUCAAUCCUCAGUCCUAUUUGGCGGAAUCAUUUUUGUUUUAACUCAGAUUCAAGUUUAUCGAAGUCAAAAACCGUAUUAUUCGGUGAAAACAGUUCGUAAAGAUGUUUGUAGAGUCGCAAGAAUAACUGAUAUUUUGCGAGGAACGCAGGAAUAUUAUUGUGUCUUGAAAAGUGAUAAAACCAACUUUCCUACAACGCAAUUCUGGAGAUGCUCCACUUGCCAACUUAUUUAUGAAGUUUGGGUUCAAAUACAAGGUUCCUUACCAGCAAAUAACGCGUAUGGUUACCCAAAUAUUGAUUUACCAGGAACAGCAAUCAUAAUUGGUACGCAUCCUGCAAUCCAAUGGGAUAUCAAUGAGAUCAAUCAAGAUGUGAUGAGAACUCUCCUUAGAGUCCGGGAACCCAUUAUUCUAGAUCCGCCUCCGCAAACGGAGGUUGUUGAAGAGAUUCUCAAUACAGUUGAUGAUGACUUUGAUAGUGAAAUGAUGAAAAAUCUUAGCAAACAAAUGAACAACAGUGAUAAUAUCUCCAAAAAGGGCAGAGAAUCUUAUAGUAUUGAUUAUAAUGCAUCAUAAACACUAAAUAAUACUCUAUUCAAUCAAAUUUAACAACUAUUUAACAUAUGAAGGAACUGGUAAAUGGAUGCCAUCUUUUGCCUCAAAGAAUGUGUAUGACAAUGUGAUUUCCUCCACAAAUUCCAUUUUAGGAUCAUCAGCAAAUUCUGGAUCAAUAUAGAAAAAUACUGGCAUAUCAACCUGAAAAAUAAAUAUAUUGAUACAUUA